AUGCCAUCGUUUCUCUCCGAUCAGGACAAUUCCACAAUCUUUAGCAAUAACCCCGAUAUCCUCAACCUUGAUCCCACGAACCAGUUCGGUUUCGUAAACAAGGAGAGGGUGAAUGGGGGUUCUAUCCGCCACACCCGAUCCGAUACGAUCAAUGAGAGCUUUGACGAGAGCUCAAUUUCCUCUACGCACGCGUCCGACGUCUCCGACUCAACACCGGCGCCUAUGAAUGGCAACAGUAACAGCACGCGGCCCACGAGCAUGAGCUCCAAUUCCAACGGCAUGUCCGCCACGGCUACUCACACCCAACAAGACGAUGUAAAUGGAGUCGGCAAGUUUGGGCAGCAGCCCAUGCCUAAUGGCACAGCGAACCUAGUCGACCGUACACGCCAGCACUCAUCCGAUACCAAUGGCAUCAAUUCCAACACAGCCUCUACCAAUAAUCAUCAACAAAACAACAUACUAUCAAAGCCCUUACCUUCAGAACCCCAAACGACAGAGGGAACCUCUGAGAAACCCCCAAGCAGGAGCUUUGAUGGAAACCACACUCUCUCACUCUCUCCAUUCCCUGUAGAGCCGCGCGGUUCUCAGUCACAAACUGCUCUCUCGGCGAAUAAUAAUACGAACACCGAUGCGGCGCAGGCACUGCACCCUCGCACAAAUGGUACACAUCGAUUGUCAUCACCACCAAUCUAUAAUCCGUCAAGCGCAGCAGCCUCAUCAACAGGACACUUACAAGCGCCCCCUGGUCUCAAGCAACGACAUACCCUCGAUGUACCAAAAUACGUGCCUGGGCGUGGUUCAAAAGACGGAAUGGAUACAGCUCAAGCUAGUGGCCGCUUUUCCCCUACUAAUGCAGGAAGUUCAAGUGGCCGACGACCCUCGUUAAGUAUGGGUAGAAGGCCAACUCGAUCAAUGCAGUCAGAUGGGCCACGGGAUGAGAUUGUACCAGAUGAGGAUGCUCUUCGUUGGGCAGAAGCAUUGCGACAAAAGAGAGCUAGCAAGAGGAGGAGAAAGGAGGAGGAGGAUGACGAUCGUGUUCUUGUUGGUACCAAGGUUGACGAGAAUCAUGCCAACUGGGAGACGGCCUACAACAUGCUUACAGGUAUUCGCGUUUCGGUUUCGAGGACGAAUGCCAAGCUCGACCGAGAGUUGACAGAUGCCGAUUUUGAGACUAAGCAGAAGUCGACAUUUGACAUCGCCGGUAACGAGCUGGUGCCGUCUGCCAAGUAUGAUUUCAAGUUCAAGGACUACGCUCCUUGGGUUUUUCGUCGCCUCCGAGCUCUCUUCCGCCUGGACCCUGCCGAUUAUCUGAUGUCGCUCACGGGCAAGUAUAUUCUUUCUGAGCUGGGAUCCCCUGGCAAGAGCGGAAGUUUCUUUUACUUCUCACGGGAUUACAAGUACAUCAUCAAGACCAUCCACCAUGCUGAACAUAAGUUUCUUCGCAAGAUCCUUAAAGAAUACUACCAGCAUGUUAAAGACAACCCCAACAUGCUUCUUUCACAGUUUUACGGCCUCCAUCGAGUCAAGAUGCCAUAUGGAAAAAAGAUUCACUUUGUUGUGAUGAACAACCUCUUCCCCCCACACCGAGAUAUCCACACCACUUUCGAUUUGAAGGGCUCUACUAUUGGUCGAGACUACAGGGAGGAGGAUUUGGAGAAAAAUCCCAGGGCGACCCUGAAGGAUCUCAACUGGCUGAGGCGACAGCGGAGCCUCGAGUUGGGUAUUCAGAAGAAGCGCAUGUUCCUUGAGCAACUACAACGAGAUGUUGCUCUCCUGAAGAGACUUAAGAUCAUGGACUACUCACUACUGGUUGGCAUACAUGAUGUCUCUCGAGGGAAUGAAGAGAACCUUCGUGACAAGACACUACAAGUUUUCAACCCUGGUGGUGAGAAGUCUCCCGACGACGAGCCCAACUCGGUCCUCCUUCGCACACCAUCCAAAUUAGAAAACCAACGUAAGGCUAGGGAACUGAGACAGAUGAUUCGCCAGGAGCGACCAGUACCCAUGGGCCAGUCAGCAAACAAGAUGCCUGAUGAGUUACAAGAAGGCCAACAUCGACCUGGAUGGGUAUUUGGACAGGAUGACGGUGGUUUUAGGGCGACCCAUGAAGAUAACACUCCAGGGGAUGAAAUUUACUAUCUCGGAGUCAUCGAUUGUCUCACUCACUAUGGAAUCAUCAAAAAGAUUGAGCACUUCUGGAAGGGCUUAUCCAGUGACAAGACCCAAAUCUCAGCACUACCGCCUGACCAGUAUGGUGACCGGUUCUACCAUUUCAUUGAAGGUGUCACCAUGUCCACCGAAGAGGCUCACAGGGAGGCCGAAAGGAGACACCAGGAAAUGAUUGAAUCUCAACGUUCAGAAAACAGGGUGUCCAGUUGGAAUUCUCGUCGCAGGUCGUCUCUGGCCGUUCCACCGAUGCCAACCCAUGUGCCACCUCCACCACCUGGCCCACGAUCUCCGGAAGCUCAGGAAACACUCGAACGGGCUAAUAAGGAGGCCGAGCGCUCUGAGAGGCAUGGACAUACCGAGAACCAGGUUCCAGACCGAGUCUUGACUACCGGCACUUCUAGGGACAACCGCGACUCUUUGCAGCAUGAGCCUAUCUUGCCGGUGGUGCAGGAGGCAGGUGAAAAUGGCCGCGACGACACCGAGGCCAAGCCUCCGAGAACCUCCAAAGAUCUUAACAAGAGCCUACCUCCGACGAGAGCACCGCCCCCAACUCCUCCCAAGUCAGGAUAUGCUGGACCCGGAAGCGCAGAUAGUGGCUAUGCAGGUCUGAGCAAUGGCACAGGUCCCGUCAAUCAAGGACAGAGAGUGAGCAUCGAUAGUCUCAACAAGGAGCUGCCGCCAUUACCAAGGAAGGAUGGGACAGACGACAAUGGAGUGCGACUGGUAGCUUAG